AUGCUGCAGAUAACAAUAAAUAUGUUGCGUUUACCACUAUUUGUCCGUCCUCUUUUGAGAUCCUUUUCAAGCAGAAAAUUCCAAACCCUGACCGGGUUACUAGCCCAUGAGCAUUUCAAAUGCCCACAUGAGAAGCAGCAUGUAGAAAAGCUUCUCCAGAACUUAGGCGAGCAUGAGACUGAGAAAGGCGAAAUUCCCCACGAGAGUUGCUGGCAUUACGGCAAAGCAGAGGAAGAAUGAGAUAGCAUGUGUCAGCCUGGGAACUAUCAGUCACCAAUAAAUAUCGAACCGCACGUCACUUUUAAAAGUUCUGAAAUAUUGAAAGAGUCCUUCCAUCCUAUCAGAACCGAUUAUAAGCCAUUGGUUGUGAAAGGAAAAUUCACCACGAAAACCUUUUUGGUGCAAGGAGAGUUUGGGUCAAUGACAGUUAACUCUUUGACGGAAGAUAAAAGGAUCUUUGACGUGCUUCAGUUCCACUUCCACUCUCCUGCAGAACAUUUAUUACCCUUCUCAAGAACUAUAUUGGCUCAUUAUUAUUUUUUUUUAUUUUUAUACAAAAUUAGGUAAUUUUAUCAUCAUUAUUUAAAAUAUAUUUAAUAUAGAUAAGGAUAAUUAACAGUGAAAGACAUGACUUAGAACUGCAUAUAGUCCAUCAAGAAAGAGGCAAGCCUCACAAUAUGUCAGUAAUUGGGUUUUUAUUCAAGGUAGAUGGGACUAGGAACCCUUUCCUUGACCAGGUCAUCCAAAGCCAUGAAUGCCUAAGCCUGAUUGACCUCCAGGUCUUAAUUCCAAAGGACAAAAUGGAAUUGUAUCUAUAUGAAGGCUCUCUUACCACCCCACCCCUUUUACAAGGAGUUUUGUGGUUUUUGAUGUCGAACUUGUAUUCAAUCAGUAUCGACCAACUUGAUUUUUUCAGGCAAAAUUGGAGCCAUAACCCGAAUUUUGCAAACGGGAAAGGAAACAACAGGGAAAUUAAACCCUUGCAUGACAGAAGGGUUAUUCAUUUCCAUUAG